CGGCUUCUGGUUGGUUUGAGGUUGAAGAAGAGGGUAGGCCGACAGAUCCACAUUGUCUAAUGCAACAUGUGGAGGCUCUCUUGGUGUGAUUGUAGCUGAGCUGGGAGUGUGUUUGCACCACAGCUUGCCCUGCUUGAGCUCAAAAUGUCUUUCAUCCAGAUAGAAGAGAACUCAAAUUUCCCUCUUGAGAACCUUCCCUAUGGGGUUUUCUCUACCGAGGAGAAGCCUAAGCACAGAAUUGGGGUGGCAAUUGGAGACCAGAUAUUGGAUCUGAGUGCUAUUAAACAUCUGUUCAGUGGACCAGCCCUUUCCAAGCAUCAGGAUGUCUUUGACCAGCCAGCCCUUAAUGACUUCAUGGGAUUGGACCAUGAAGCUUGGAAGGAAGCUAGAAUGUUUCUCCAAAAGCUACUGUCAGCCAAUGAGCCAACACUGAGAGAAAACUCUGAGCUACGGAAAAGAGCAUUUGUACCUCAGGCCUCUGCUAUAAUGCAUCUUCCAGCUAAAAUCGGAGACUACACUGACUUCUAUUCUUCAAGGGAACAUGCUACGAAUGUUGGGAUCAUGUUCAGAGGGAAAGAGAAUGCUUUGAUGCCUAACUGGUUGCACUUACCCGUUGGUUACCAUGGCCGUGCAUCUUCGGUUGUGGUGACUGGGACACCAAUUCAAAGACCAGUGGGGCAGAUGCGACCUGACGAUGCUAAACCUCCAGUGUUUGAUGCUUGCAAACUUUUGGACAUUGAAUUAGAAAUGGCGUUCUUCGUAGGCCCCGGAAACAAGUUUGGGGAACCUAUCCCAAUAAACAAAGCUCAUGAGCACAUUUUUGGAAUGGUCCUUAUGAACGACUGGAGUGCUCGAGACAUUCAGAAGUGGGAAUAUGUUCCACUGGGUCCGUUUCUGGGCAAGAGCUUUGGCACAACCAUCUCUCCGUGGGUUGUUACUAUGGAAGCUCUCAUGCCAUUUGUGUUGCCAAACCCUGUCCAGGUUCCCAAGCCACUGCCAUACCUCUGUGAUGAAGAGCCCUAUACUUUUGACAUAAAUCUCUUUGUCGCUAUCAAAGGAGAAGGAAUGAGCACCCCAGCCACAAUAUGCAAAUCAAACUUCAAGUACAUGUACUGGACCAUGAAACAGCAGCUGGCUCAUCACUCCAUCAAUGGAUGCAACCUCAGACCUGGAGAUCUCCUGGCAUCUGGAACAAUCAGUGGACCUGAUCCGGAGAACUUUGGCUCCAUGCUGGAGAUGUCAUGGAAGGGGACAAAAGUAAUUGACCUCGGGAAUGGACAUUCUCGUAAAUUUCUGCAGGAUGGGGAUGAAGUCAUUAUAACAGGUUACUGCCAGGGAAAUGGGUACCGCGUGGGGUUUGGCCAGUGUUCAGGAAAAGUGCUUCCAGCCAUCUCUGCUCCGUGAUUACCUGCACAAGGUGACUUUCCAGGAAGGGAAGAAGCCUAGCCACGUUCCUGAUGUAACCAUUCUCUGAUAUAAAGAAAUUAAAAUCCGUGUGCACGCAUUCAGUUUUCAAAUCAGUAUUUUUGAUAUAAAUGAUUGGAGUUU